AUGUACAUCUAUCCCCGAUCAGAUGAGGUGUACCUGCAGGCAGCAGCCGUUUUCCAGCAGCUGCGUCCAGAGAAGCCAGCUACACAUCAGCUUCUGCAGUAUGGGAAGAAGACAGACAUGCCAGCGGUGGAGAGCGGGGACAAAGCUGCACGGGAACAGGCCUACCAACUGGCCUUCAACACGCUCAAAUAUCAAGAUUUGCUUGAGGACGUCAUUAGAGACAGCUGCUUCAACACAUCUCAGCAUAUCGGCAGCGACUUGUUGCCACUGGCGAUGGUGAUGCUGUUUGAUUUCCAGGACAGGAAGUUCCUUCUGCGCAAACGUCCAGCAAAGGAAGGACAAGAGGUUAUCCAGGAGGUUAAGGAGCUGGAGAACAGUCUGCAGAAGUGGAAGACGAAGCUGGCGGCAUCUCUGGCUCGCUUCAGAGUGAAACAAAAUCUGCGGAGUGUGUCUCUUUUUCUGACGGAUUCUGUCAGAACGAAACAGCACAGGGCGAAAUCCUUGCCGGUUUAUGCGUGGAUCAACACUCGUAUGGCGAGCGUUGAUGAAGUUUGUGACACUUUACGAAGCGCCGGCCUGAGUGAAGCAGAAAGCAUGACUGACCUCACUGAGUCGACCUUCUCCAGGGACCCCCUGUGUCCAGAUACUCUGGUCUUCCCCCAACAUCUGCACGCAGCGAUCCAGCACAGCCCCCUCUCGACCACACAUGUGCUGAACAUACAGGACAGGAGUGUGUGCGUGGCUGUAAGCGUGCUGCAGCCCCUGUUGUUUGAGAAAGGAGACGUCUUGGUGGCGGGCUCCUUCUCGGCCGUGACGGCGGCUCACAUAGCCGUCGUGUCCGCUGCCCGCUCGGGCCGAGUUCUGGUCUGCGGUGCUGACCAUUCACCUUCUCAAGUACAGGAGAUGCAGGAGCAGCACGCACAGAUGGAUAUCGAAAAUGUUGAAGUCCUGUCAGAAGCCUUCUGUGAUCUGAAGGAGUGGGACGCCAGCGUGGAAAGGCUGAAGGUCAUCAUCGUGCUGCCUCGGUGCUCGUCCUCCGCCCUCAGCGACCCUGUGGCCGUUAUGCACAGUGAACAUGGAGACUGGGACCUGCUGCCAGACUUGUCCCACGGCUCUGUUUCCAAAAGCAAACUCCAGGCUCUGACCAGCCAGCAGAAACGCCUGCUAGAGCACGCUCUCACAUUCUCAAAGGUCCAGACUGUGGUCUACUGCACACGCUCAGUGUAUCCUGAGGAAAAUGAACAGCUUGUGGGGAAAGCGUUGGAGAAAACACACACACACCCAAAACUGCUGCCGUUCAGGCUGAACGGGCCAAUCUUCCCUGGAGACGCAACAGACACCAAGUUCUUCAGACUGCAACCAUCUCAGCUCACCAACGGCUGCUUCGUAGCAAGACUGUCACGGCAGGCUGAUCCGACUAAAGUAGAAACAGUCCAGGAUGUUCUGGCGCGAGCAGCAGCGAAGGGCCUCCUGGGAGGGAUCGUCCCCAAACCCAAAACCAAAAAUGGUAAAAAAGGGAAAACAAAGACUAAUGGAGACGCUUCAUCUACGAGCAAAUCUUCAUCCCCGCUGAGCCAAGAGAGGCAGGCGGGAGGGGAACCUGGAGAAGGACAGGACCCGGUUACCGCCUCAGAACCUGAAGAGGAGAAGGAUGAGGGGGAUGCCGGGGAUCCGGGGGACAACGGGGGAGAAAAGGAGAGUGAUAUGGGAGGAAAGAGGAGGAGACGGAAGCGGAUGGCAAACAAACAUCUGAAACAGACAAAACUGGACACGACAGUCCAAAAGGAGCAAGGUCAGAAGAAACCCACGAGGAGAAAGGUGAAGAAGACUCAGAGGACGAGAAGCAAACCGAGGCGGAUACCACGACUCACGCUGACGUUGAUCUCCUCCACCAAACCCUCCAGCCAGCUGUCUCUCAUCACAGCUGUCGCUCACAAGAUCAGCGGCAAUCCGGUGAUUAAAUCCCAGCAGACGGACCUGAACUCACCUUCACUCCCGGGAAAACGUCCUUCACCUGCGCAUCCUGCUCCCCCCACCACCCACGCUGCCUCCAGGAGGCAGAGCUCACAGUCUGGAGAAGAGAAAACACAGAGGACCAUCAGGAAACCAGGGAGACAGGCGCCCAAACCGGAGAAUGGAGCAAUCCCGCGUGAAAUGUCGAGGCCUGCAGAUCUGGUCCUGCCACCAAUAUCCUCCCCGUCCUCCGGGUCUCCUGCAGGCCGGAGCGGCAGCCCCGUCUCUCAGCCUCCAUCUCUGACCUCCGGCUCUCGGGCGGGGAACACGUCAGCAUCCUCAUCCACAAUCUUCCUGCCUGGAUUAUAAAGACCAUGCUGGGAUUUGGUCUCUCACGUUGUGGUCGCCUCGACUGAGAGCAAAGAUCUACUCACUAGGGCUGGGGAUCGAUUCAAAUGUCAAGAAUCGAUUCGAUUCCGAUUCUUAAGAUUCAGAAUCGAUUAUCAAGAUUUGAUUCGAUCCGAUUCGAUUCGAUUCCGAUAUUGAUUUGGGUUAGUGUUAUUAAAACUGUUUUUUGA